AUGGAAGUGGACUGCACGCGGAUUGCAGUCCAUGCGGAGUUCAAAGACUUGGAGCGUUCCCUGGGAGCUGUGUACUACAAUUUUCCGCAUGCAGGAGCUGUUGGUGGCUUCUUUGAUGGCCAUCCACUGGUCAACUGGCGACACGAGAACCUGAUGCGGCUAUUCUUCAGGGCAUUACGUGCCUAUGUGAAGCCUGGUGGCAUAGUGAAGGUCGCAUCGAACCAGGGCGCGGUUGGCGUCCGGUAUUCCUACAUCAUCUGUUCGGCCGCAGAGAACGAGUUUCGGCACGUGGAGACCGUACCAUUUCUGCAGUGGAGUUUGCACCGCUACGGCCGGUCCUAUGGAGAUCGUCGUGAUACUUACAGACGGCCAGAUGAGGGGGAGGGUUACAACGUUCAGCGCGCUGAAAAGGACAUGGUGUACACAUUCAAGUAUGAGCCCAGUGGUCGCACUCUGCUUCCACAAGAUAUCCGCAUGCCACCGACCUUCAAGACAAUUGAGGCAUGUCCAGACGGAGCCUUCGAGGGCAUGAGCGGCGAGUCAAGGAAAAACCUGGCAAAGCAGCUCUACAAACGCUUCCAAGUGGCAGGCUUUGCAAUCGGCGGAGGAAAAAGAAGUGAUGGAUCCGAGUGCAAGCCGGGAAGCCAAAGGCGAGAUGCAAGCAAUGAGAACAGCGCUGAAUCUGCAGGUGCUGCUGCAAAAGGCACUGCCACGGGUUUCGGCGGAGCGGCCAGCCAAGGUUCCUCCACCACAGCUAUGCCAGAGUCGAUACCGUCUCCGCCAGUGGCGACACCACCGCCAGCUGGACAGGACUUCGCUGGAUGCGGCCAGGGUGCCUACUCUGGGUAUCCGUGUGCGCAGCAGUUUUCAAUGCCGCACAUACAAAGUUGCAUGGCACAGCUGGGAAUGGCUGGUAUGAUGGGUGGGCCGGGCAUGUGCGGCUAUGGCGCAGCGCAGUCACCCGAGGGCUCCAGAGUUGAGGCCCUGGAGCGCACAAUCAAGGAAAUGCAGGAGAAGCUCAAGGACUUGCGAGACUCCUUGGACAAUGAGCGACAAGAGCGCUCCAAGGUGGAGUUUCGACUCCAAUGUGCCGAAAGGCGUUUGCAAGACGAGGAGUCUCGAAGCAGUCGUGCUGAAGCGCGAGUGGCUGCAGUUGAAGCUGCAGCCAUGAAGCAAGAGGCACUGGUGGAAGGACUCCGACACCAACUGGAAAGGUCGCAGCCAACCGACGAUACCAGGCUCGUGAACGCUUUGCAGAAGAAUUUAGAGGAGCAGUUGGCACCACUUCGCCGCGGGCUGGAACAGAAAUCGUCUGAAGAGAUGCGGCUGCUCACCAAGGUCGUGGAACAGGCCGACUCCAACACAGCCUUAAAGCAGCGGCUGGAGGCCCUGGAGGGCAGGCUUGACAGGAUGGGCCUCGACCUGCCCGUCAUGACCAUAAGGCCUCCUCCAGAGCGCGCAUCAUACUUCCAAGCGUUACAAGUGCAGCAAAGUGGACGGCGCUUGGCAAAUGGAUGUGAGGAGCUGCAAAAUCAGUACAAGCGAGCCCACUCUGCCAUGACGGACGGGUCAGCCAUGGCGACCGCAAUCCAGCUGGAUGGAACAACCAUGACCAAAAUGAAGCCAGCCGCGGAGGUGCUGGUCGAUGGUUGCACCAGCCACGAGCAGGCAUAUUCAAUGCAGGAGAUGUUCGUCGACUGGUUCCCCAAUGGCCUCAAGUUGAUGUUUAAGAUCAAGCCUCGAGCUCAGAAGCUUGAGGUCUCCGUGAAUGAAAAAACAUUGGUGUCAAAGAGCAUCUCCAAGCUCUUGGAAGAGGAUGUCACAGGACUUUGGCCGACAGACAAAGCGAAGAUCAAGGCUGAGAUUCGCGGCUGGCUUGAGGACUCGCCCAAAGAGCUUCUUCAAAAAGCCACAUUGCGUGACCCUUCUGUGAGAGAAAAGACGGGCAGCAGCUGGUUUGAGAUCAUCGGCUCGAUCACGGUCAUUCUGUCGAUCGGUGUUGGCAUAUACACACUGACAUACCUUAUGGCACUCGGUCUUAAGUCAGGACCUAGAGAAGAGACUGAGCCUUUGGACAACUACGAGCUCUGA